AUGGAAGACUAAUUUUCUGAAGAUUAUCACCUCUCUCUUUAGUAAGCUUCUGCUAGACUGUCCGAUAGAUAUCAAGACAAGUUUAAGCCUCAUUCUAUUCUCUUAGAGUAAAAUCCAGUCCCAAACAAAAAUACAGAUUCAUCUCAAAUAUAAAUUUGGGAAUCGGCUUCCGAUACUCCUGUUAAGGAAUCCAUUUAAUAGCCAUCAAUCAAUGGUAUCAACCUCAGAAAUUCAUUGGUUUUGCAAGUAACUCAUAUUUUUGAUUAGAAUCGAACAAUGACUCAUAUACCGACAGUGAAAAGAAUUAAAUAAAUCAUAAGUAGGAACAAACUGAUAUUGGAAGUCAAAGAUAGACUCAUGAGGAUAGGCUAUAUCUACCCCAAAAAUGAAAAAACCAAUCUCGUUAAUUUUCUUAAGGAGACCUAUCUUGGAGAUUUAAAUAAGGAUUAAAUAAGAAAAUAAAUUUUUUUUGAGCCAAUUAAAAUUAAAAUCCCAACCUUCAGUCCCACUAGUGCAUUUAUCCUGAUUUGGCAAAUUUUUAGAAUAAUUUAAAUCAUGUUUUUAUUGUGGUGGGUUCCAUUCAAAAUUGCCUUCACUCCUGAGGGCUCUACUGAUAUCAGAAAUAUAGAGUAAGCGUUGGUGUACUUAUUGAUAUUUGACUUAAUAAUUAAGUUAAAUGUUGGCAUAAUUGAUCAAGGCCAAAUUAUGAAGGAUCGCCUUUUCAUCCUCCUCUAUUACAUCAAAUACGAACUGUAUGAAGAUAUCAUCUAUUUGAUUACCUUGAUCAUUAUCAUAAGAGAAUAGCCAAUCGACACCUACCUAAUAAAAGAAAUAAUAGUCUUAACUUAGUUCUCACUCAAUUUCUUUAAAUUAAAAAAGAAAAUAAAAACUUAUGAAGAAACGCUUACUACCUAAUCAACUCUAAUUGAAUUAGCCAAUUUGUCCUAAUUAAUUAUAGUAAUCUUCUACUUCGCCCAUUUUAUGGCCUGUGUGUGGUAUUACGUGGGGAUAAAAAGUUUGGAUCAAUUCAAUGAAUCUUGGAUAAUCAAAUACGAAUUGAUCAACGCUCCGAUAUCUUACUGUUACGGAUAUUCAUUUUACUGGGCUACUGCCACCAUGGUUACUGUAGGGUAUGGAGAUGUUACUGGGCAGAAUAUUUAUGAAGUUCUUUGUUCUAUAAUAUUGAUGUUUUUGGCCAGUGGAAUAUUUGCAUUUUCUAUUAAUUCUAUUGGUUAGAUAUUCAGUAACAUCGACAACCAACAACAAGUGUAUAAAAGAACACUCUUGCUUAUUAACCAUUACAUGCAAUUUAAUGAAGUUUAGUUAUCAUUGCAAAGCAGGAUAAGAAAUUAUAUUAAGUACUUUUUCGAAUAGGAGAACAAGGGAAGCAAAAGUGAAAUCGAUUUAGUCUUAAAUCAACUGUCAAACAAUUUGAGACAAGAACUGUUAUAGGAUGUGCAAUUAAGAGUACUGAAAUAGGCUGACUUUUUUAGAAACAAUUUCUCUCAAUCAACAAUCAGAUUAAUUGCUGAUCAUGUUAAGUUUUAACAAUGCACACCUAAAGAGUUGAUUUAUAAAUAAUAAAAUAAUGACGACAAAUCCAUUUAUAUUAUUUAAAAGGGAGAAAUCUAAUUAAUUGAUGAUAAUUCAGGAAAGGUCCUCAAAGUAUUUACUAAAGGCUAAAGCUUUGGGGAAUUAGAAUUUCUCUCCUUUUAAACAAGAUUCUGUAGUGCAUACAGUGUGACAUUCAGUCAACUCUAUAAAAUUACAAGAGAAGACUUUCUAAAUUUAAUUAAGGACAAUCCUAUGGACUAUUAAAAAUUUCAACAAAUGAAAGAUUAAAUUUAGUUAAAAUAUCAGAACGAUUAAUUCAAAUGUUAUGCAUGUGAUUAAAAACAUCUUAUUUGGGAUUGUCACUUCUUAUUUUAUAAACCGAACAUUGAAGUAUUGAUUAAGAAAUCUUUGUUCUACACUGAAUAAAAAAGAUCUCAUUUUAAAAGAUCUGAUAAAAGAUACUUGAACAUCUUACACAAGACUCUAGACAAUGAAGAUUCUAUAGAACAAACGUAGAAGGUCGGCACUGUUCCAUCUGAUUCUUCCUCUGAGAAUUCCUCAUAGGAAAGCAAAACACCAGAAGUGGAAUAAACAAAAGUCCGAGACUCAGUUUCAAAGUUAGGUCAAUCACAUUAGUCAAGAAAAAGUUCAGCACAUAGUAAAUAGGGAUAAGUAAUUAUUGAAGAUUUUAAUUUUCAAUUAAAUAAAAGACAAUCUAAUCGUCAAAGUGUCAGAUAGACAGAUAUUGAUACCCCAUUGACUCAGAAAAGAAAAUCAAUGCAAUCAAUAUUCCCUUAGGAUGCUAAGAAUUCCGUAUCUGCUACUCAAUUGGCUCCAAUCAAAGAGGAAAUCAGAAAGGAAAAUAAGGAUUAUAAUCAGAAUUUUAAAAGUUUUCAUUAAUUAGAUGAAUUAAUUGAUAACAAGUAAUAUGAUGAAGAUGAGAUUGAUUCAGUAUUUUCAUUUUAAUAUUAUCUUCCACAUAAUAAUGUGGAAAAUGUUUUGUAAGAGUAUUAAAGAUUUCAAAAGUAAUUUAGAUAAAAAAAAAUCAAAGUUACAAAAAGUAAGUAUAUGUUCCACAAAAUUACUAAGAUUAAUAGGCAAAAAUAAAAUAAGCAUAAGAAAGAUCAAACAUCAGCAAAUUCUUUAAUAAUAAGAGAAAAUGUAUGA